GGCCUCGGCCCCCCAAGGUCGGGGCGCACCGGGGACGGGCGCGCUAUGCCCACCGACGGCGGCCCCGGUCGGGGCCCGUGAGCAUGGGCAUCGCCGAGUCCACGCCGGACGAGCUGCCGUCGGAGGCGGAGGAGCAGCUGCGGAACGGCGAGCAGCAGCUGGAACUGAGCGGCCGGCGGCUACGACGCCUCCCCAGCGCCGUGUGCGCCCUGAGCCGCCUGCAGAAGCUGUACGUGAGCGGCACGGGGUUGCGGGAGCUGCCGGAGGAGAUCGAGGAGCUGCGGGAGCUGCGCAUCCUGGCGCUCGACUUCAACAAGCUGGAGCGGCUGCCCGACGGCCUGUGCCGCCUGCCCCGGCUCACGCGCCUCUACCUGGGUGGCAACCGCCUGCUGGCACUGCCCGCCGACUUCGCCCAGUUGCAGAGCCUGCGCUGCCUGUGGAUCGAGGGCAACUACCUGCGGCGCUUCCCCAGGCCUCUGCUGCGCCUGGCGGCUCUGCAGUCGCUGCAGAUGGGUGACAACCGCCUGCGGGCCCUGCCCGCCGAGCUGCCCCGCAUGACGGGCCUGCGGGGCCUGUGGCUCUACGGCAACCGCUUCGAGGAGUUCCCACCCCCGUUAUUGCGCAUGGGGCGCCUGCACAUCCUCGACCUGGACCGUAACCGCCUGGGAGGCUUCCCCGACCUGCACCCGCUGCGCGCCCUGCGCGUCUUCUCCUACGACCACAACCCGGUCACCGGGCCCCCGCGCGUCGCCGACACCGUGUUCCUCGUAGGCGAGGGCGCCGUGGAGCGCAUGGCCGAGCGCGAUGAGCCUGCCGUGGCCCGGGCGCCUGCCCGCCGGCCCGUACGGGCCUUCGACGACGACGAGGAGGAAGAUUUGCUCCUGGGAGGAGGUGGCGGCAGCUCCAGGGCUCUGGGGGAACCCCAAGGCAGUGUGCGCGCCCUGGAAGCGGCUCCUGGGAUGGACACUUGAGAGCCCCAACUCCAAGGCUGUCCUUCCUUGGAGGGCGCCCCGAAAGGCAGACAGGGUGGGGGGCGCGCCCUCGGGCAGCAGGGAGGCCUAAGAUGAACUCUGGGCACAAGAAGGCACAAGGUGUGGAGACCCGGCUCUGCUGGCUCCUUAGGGAUGAGGGCGUCCGAAUGCAACCCCUGGGGGGGGGGGUUCUCUCUUGGGGGGGGGUACACUCACCACAAUUGCAGGAUUUCCUGAGUCCCAAUGCGCAGGGACCCACAGGCCACCCCUCCUCCCUGGCCGCCCACUCUGGGGGUGACCCGCCUUCUUGCGUGGGGGGAGGCAGGAGCUUUUCAGGUGGCUGAAGGCAGAUGAGGAAGCACUUUGGGUCUUGGGGUCUGGGUUGGGUCGCCCUAAAUCAGUAGCUCCGAGUGGAGAGGUUCAUAGUACAACAGUGCAUCUCUCCCUCCCUAGAUCCCCCUGUAAGUUUUUUUUUUUGGGGGGGGGGUCACACCUGGUGUUUGCUCAGGGUUGACUCCUUGGCUCUGCACUCAGGAAUCACUCCUGACUGUUCAGGGAAAACAUGGGAUGCUGGGGAUCGAACCCGGGUCGGCUGCGUGCAAGGCAAGUGCCCUGCCCACUGGAUUAUGACUCCUGACCCCGGAAAGAUUUGUAUUGGGCACGGGGCCACUGAAGGUGGGGUCGCCUGCCCUUCCUUUCAUCCCCUUCCCGCACUCUCUCUG